AUGCAGGAGAAUCAUGAAAAUGCAACGGUCUGCUCCCAGCAGCUAAAGUGCCACCGCCCUCCCAGCUCCGUUCCAGUUCUGCUAAAGCUAAGCCAAAAGCAGCUAAAGUUCUGCCCCGUUGCUCCGCAAGUUGUUAAAGGCUCAGCCCCAGCCUGGCCUGUUGUUAAAGCAGCUCUGGUUGCUCAGUCCUGCCUCAGCCUGGGCCUCCCAGCCCCUGGCUCAGCCAGCUCACCAGCUCCCGUCCUGCUCAGCUCACCAGCCUGGCCUGCCCCAGCCUCAGCCAGCCUGCCUGCCUGCCCAGCCCUGGCCUCAGUCCCUGGCCCAGCUGGCCCCAGCCCGCACCAGCCCCGCCUCAGCUCCGCCCCAGCCCGGCCCCAGCCCGGCCCAGCCCCAGCUCCCAGCCCCAGCCCCCAGCCCCCAGCCUGGCUCACAGCCCCCGCCCAGCCCGGCCCAGCUCCCGGCCCCGGCCCACCAGCCCAGCCCCGCCCCAGCCCCCUGCCCAGCCCGCGCCCCGGGCCCGUCAGCCCGGCUCUGUGCCUGCCUCCGCCCUGGCCCCCAGCCCCCGCUCCGCUCAGCCUGGCCCAGCCCUGCCUGCUCAGCCCCAGCCUCCCAGCCUCGCCCAGCCCGCUGGGCCCGCGCCUGGCUCAGCCCCAGCCCCAGCCUGGCUCAGCCUCAGCCUGCCCCGCCUGCGCCCGCCUCAGCCUCACCAGCCUGGGCUCCAGCCCUGCCCCCGCCCAGCCUGCCUCAGCCCGCCCAGCUCAGCCUGUGCCCCCAGCCUCAGCCUGCGCCUGCUCAGCUCCCGUCUGCAGCCUGGCUCAGCCUGGGCUCAGCCUGCCGCUCAGCCUGCAGCCCGGCUCAGCCUGGGCCUCAAACCUGCCUCAGCCUGCUCAGCCUCUGCCUCAGCCCCCCAGCCCGGCCCCAGCCCCAGCCUGCCCAGCCCUGCCCAGUCUGCCCCAGCCCAGCCCAGCCCCACCUGUGCCCCUGGCCCCAGCCCCAGCCCAGCCCCAGCCCCAGCCCCAGCCCCGUCUGCCCACGGCCAACAGCCCAGCCCCAGCCCGGCCCCAGCCCCGGCCCAGCUGGCCCGUCCAGCCCGCCCAGCCCCUGCCCCUGCCCCAGCCCGUGCCCCAGCCCGGCCCACACCAGCCUGUCGCCUCCGGCCCCCAGCCCGCCUGUGCCCUGGCUCCAGCCCGCCCAGCCCCCCAGCCCCGCUCCAGCCCGAGCCCCAGCCCCGACUGGGUGCUCCAGCCUGCCUGCUCCGCCCAGCCCUCAGCCCGCCAGCCCAGCCUGGGCCCCAGCCCCGGCUCCAGCCCGCCCCAGCCCCUGCUCAGCUCAGUCUGCCCGCGCCAGCCGGCUCAGCCCUGGGCUCCCAGCCCUCAGUGCCCAGCCUGCUCAAAGCCUGGCUCCAGCCUGCUGGCCCCAGCCCGCUCAGCCCGCCUGCCCGGCUCCCAAAGCCUGCCCAAAGCCUGCCCAGCCCUGUGCUCCCAGCUCCUGCCAGCCUGCCUCAGCCUGGGCUCAGCCCUGCCUGCCUGGCUCAGCCCAGCCAGCUCAGCCUGUUUGUGCCAGCCUGCUCCACUGCCUGGCCUGCCUGCCUCAGCCUGCCUAAAGCUUGGUUUAAAGGUUGUUUAA